AACCCUAAUCCUCAAAUCCCUCCAAAACCCCCCCCUCCGAAAUUUCCCCUUUUCCAAUUUCUCUUCACCUCAGAAAAUUCAAUUAUUCACUUCAUUUCUCCCCAGUCCACGGAAUAUUCCAUACUGGUCCAUCUAGGGCUUGAAUUUGCAGUAUUGCUGUUCAAGCCCUAUUUUUCGACUUGAAUUCAUAAUUUCUCACGGUCGUGGCCUAAGGGAUUUGGUUAAAUAAUUCGUUUCCAGUUGAAGAUGGUUGUUUGGGAGAAUGAGGUAGUGAUGCGAGACGUCACCAAUGCGGGCCUGAUCGUUAGCGAUCGCAUUAGCCGGGAAAUUGGGGCGCAGCUCGACCUCGAAGAAGCUUUAGAAGCAUCUAGAUACUCUAGCCAUCCUUAUUCUACUCAUCCCCGCGAGUGGCCUCCUUUGGUGGAAGUUGUGGACACAUGGGAGUUGCCUCCAGUGUUGAUUGAAAGAUAUAACACUGCUGGUGGAGAAGGAACAGCUCUGUGUGGAAUAUUUCCAGAAAUACGACGGGCUUGGGCAUCAGUUGAUAACUCCUUAUUUCUUUGGAGAUUUGAUAAGUGGGAUGGUCAAUGUCCAGAAUAUAGUGGGGAGGAACAGGCUAUUUGUGCUGUGGGGCUUGCAAAAUCCAAGCCUGGUGUUUUCGUUGAAGCUAUUCAGUAUCUUCUAGUUCUGGCAACUCCUGUGGAGCUGAUUCUUGUUGGAGUAUGUUGUUCUGGAAGCAGUGAUGGAACUGAUCCAUAUGCUGAGGUUUCACUUCAACCUCUGCCAGAAUAUACCAUUCCUUCAGAUGGAGUGACUAUGACUUGCAUCACUUGCACCGAUAGGGGGCAUAUUUUUCUAGCUGGCCGAGAUGGUCAUGUAUAUGAAUUGCAGUAUACGACUGGUUCAGGAUGGCAAAAGCGGUGCCGUAAAAUCUGCCUUACUGCUGGUCUGGGAAGUGUAAUUUCAAGGUGGGUUGUGCCUAAUGUUUUCAAAUUUGGAGCUGUGGACCCCAUUGUCGAAAUGGUUGUUGAUUCCGAUAGACAUGUUCUAUAUGCGCGUACAGAAGAUAUGAAAAUACAAGUAUUCUCUCUUGGGUUGAAUGGAGAUGGCCCAUUCAAGAAAGUUGCAGAAGAAAGAAACUUGAUCACUCAGAGGGAGUCAAACUAUGGUGGCAGGCAACAAGCUGGACAAAGGGCCCCUGCUCGACCUACCAAAUCUUCUAUAGUUUCCAUAUCACCUUUAUCCACUUUAGAAUCAAAGUGGUUGCAUCUUGUUGCUGUUUUAUCUGAUGGCCGGAGAAUGUAUCUCUCGACUUCUCCAUCUGGUGGAAAUAAUGGCGCUGUUGGAGGUUUGGCUGGGCUUGGUAAACCAAGUUGCUUAAAGGUUGUAACAACAAGACCAUCUCCUCCCAUUGGGGUGAGCGGCGGACUUGCUUUUGGUGCACUAUCUCUUGCAGGAAGAUCCCAGAGUGAUGAUCUUUCCCUAAAGAUUGAAUCUGCAUAUUAUUCUUCUGGAACACUUGUCCUUUCUGAUUCUUCUCCAUCCGCUGUUUCAUCACUUUUGCUUGUAAAUAAGGAUACUCAAUCUCUUUCAUCUGCUAACUUGGGGACAGGGGCAAGGGGUUCACGUGCACUUAGAGAAUCAGUAUCAUCUAUUCCAGUUGAAGGCAGAAUGCUUUAUGUGGCAGAUGUUUUACCGCUGCCAGAUACAGCAUCCAUUGUGCAAUCUCUCUAUUCUGAACUAGAACUCUGUGGAUUUCAUAACUCAUGGGAGUCUUGUGAGAAGACUUCAGUUAAACUUUGGGCUAGAGGUGACCUUUCAACCCAACAUAUAUUACCAAGAAGAAAAAUUGUUAUAUUUAGUACCAUGGGUAUGAUGGAAGUAGUUUUUAAUCGACCAAUUGACAUUCUGAGGAGAUUUUUAGAGUCUAAUUCGCCAAGAUCGCUGCUAGAGGACUUCUUCAACCGUUUUGGUUCUGGAGAGGCAGCUGCAAUGUGUUUGAUGCUUGCUGCCCGGAUAGUAUAUACUGAAAACUUCAUUAGCAAUGUUGUUGCUGAGAAAGCAGCUGAAGCCUUUGAAGACCCUAGAGUUGUUGGAAUGCCACAAUUAGAAGGAAGUGGUGCAUUGUCAAACACUAGAACUGCAGCUGGGGGAUUCAGCAUGGGUCAGGUUGUUCAAGAAGCCGAGCCUGUCUUUUCAGGUGCUCACGAGGGCCUCUGCCUAUGCACAUCGAGGUUACUUUUGCCAUUGUGGGAACUUCCUGUUUUUGUUAUUAAUGGUGGCUCAGGAUCUCCAGAUGGUGUAUCUGAAGAUGGGAUCAUAUCAUGUAGACUUUCUGUUCAGGCAAUGCAUGUCCUUGAAGACAAAAUUUGCUCCCUGGAGAAGUUUUUGAGGUCUAGGAGGAACCAGAGGCGUGGACUCUAUGGCUGUGUGGCUGGUUUAGGAGACAUAUCUGGUUCGAUUUUGAUUGGAACUGGAUCAGAUCUUGUUGCUGGUGACAGAAGUAUGGUGCGGAAUUUAUUUGGUUCAUAUAAUGUGGAUUCCAGUGAGGGUGGGCCGUCAAAUAAGAGACAACGACUCCCGUAUAGUCCUGCUGAGCUAGCUGCCAUGGAGGUAAGAGCUAUGGAAUGUAUUAGGCAAUUGCUUUUGAGAUGUGGGGAAGCCCUCUUCCUACUCCAACUUCUUUCUCAACACCUUCUAGCACGCUUGAUUCAAAACUUUGAUGCAAAUACUAGGCAAGCUGUAGUGCAGUUGACAUUCCACCAGUUAGUUUGUUCAGAAGACGGAGAUCGGCUUGCAACAAGGCUCAUAUCUGCUUUGAUGGAGUAUUACACUGGUCCUGAUGGCAGGGGCACUGUAGAUGAUAUUAGUAAUAGACUUCGGGAUGGCUGUCCAAGCUAUUACAAAGAAAGCGAUUACAAGUUUUAUGUAGCUGUUGAAUAUCUUGAGAGAGCUGCCGCAACUUCUGAUACACAAGAAAGGGAAAAUCUGGCUCGGGAGGCGUUCAACAAUUUAAGCAGAAUUCCUGAGUCUGCUGAUUUGCCAACUGUGUGCAAACGUUUUGAAGAUUUGAGAUUCUAUGAAGCUGUAGUUCGAUUAUCGUUGCAGAAGGCCCAGGCUGGGGAUCCGGCUGGAGAUGCUUUCAAUGAGCAAAUAGAUGCUGGAAUUCGACAACAUGCUCUUUCUCGACGUAUGCAGUGUUAUGAAAUUGUCACUAAUGCUUUGCGUUGUCUUAAAGGCGAAGCUUUGAGGAAGGAAUUUGGGUCUCCUAUCCGACCUGUUCUCCAAUCUGCCCUUGAUCAAGCUUCUCGCAAAAAGUACAUAUGCCAGAUCAUUCAACUGGGCGUUCAAUCAUCAGAUAGAGUCUUCCAUGAGUAUCUAUAUCGAACAUUGAUUGAGCUAGGCCUUGAUGAUGAGUUGUUGGAAUAUGGGGGCCCGGACUUGGUGCAGUUUUUGCAAAAUGCUGGACGUGAUCCUACACAUGAGCCCUUCUCCUCAGUUGCAUCUUCUUCUCCCAUGGGUCAUUCUAGAGUUCAGCUUGCUUCUAAUCAGAUAAAGUACUCUGAGCUUCUGGCACGGUAUUAUGUCCUGAAGCGUCAGCAUGUCCUUGCUGCUCAAAUAUUGGUCAGGCUAGCAGAAAGGCGUUCAACUGAAACUGGGGAUACCCCAACUCUUGAGCAAAGGCGUCAGUACUUGAGCAAUGCUGUUCUGCAAGCAAAGAGUGCCAGUGAGAGUGAUAGUCUCAAUGUUUCGGUUCGGGGUGCUAUUGAUAAUGGUCUUCUUGAUUUACUUGAAGGGAAGCUUGCUGUUCUUCAAUUUCAGAUAAAGAUUAAAGAGGAGUUGGAGUCCAUGGUCUCGAGAUUGGAAGCUUCUCCGGAUGGAUCUGAAUCUACCACAAAUGGCUCACUACCUACCAAUGGUCACCCCAGCAAUGCCAGUUUUAUUGUUGCUAUUCGAGAUAAGGCAAAGGAACUGUCAAUGGAUUUAAAAACCAUCACUCAAUUAUACAAUGAGUAUGCUGUUCCAUUCGAUCUCUGGGAGAUAUGUCUGGAAAUGCUAUACUUUGCAAGCUAUUCUGGUGAUGCUGACAGCAGCAUUGUCAGAGAGACCUGGGCUCGACUCAUUGAUCAGGCUCUUUCACGGGGUGGUAUUGCUGAAGCUUGUGCUGUGCUUAAGAGGGUUGGUUCUCAUGUUUACCCUGGAGAUGCAGCUAUUUUACCAUUAGACACAUUAUGUCUUCACCUUGAGAAGGCGGCACAGGACCGAGUGGUUUCGGGUGACGAACCUGUUGGAGAAGAAGAUAUUGCAAGGGCUCUUCUUGCUGCUUGCAGGGGUGCAAUAGAACCUGUACUCAAUACUUAUGAUCAGUUGUUAUCAAACGGUGGAGUUUUGCCUUCUCCGAGUCUGAGGCUGCGUCUUCUUCGCUCGGUUCUAGUAGUACUUCGUGAAUGGGCAAUGUCCAUCUUUGCACAGAAAAUGGGCACUAGUGCUGCUGGAGCUUCUCUGAUUCUUGGUGGACCAUUCUCACGAGGGCAGAGUGCAGUCAUAAAUCAAGGUGUACGUGACAAGAUCACUAGUGCGGCAAAUAGGUACAUGACUGAGGUGCGGAGGUUGCCCCUUCCUCAGAAUCAAUCAGAGGCUGUCUAUCGGGGUUUUAGGGAGCUCGAAGAGUCACUCUUGAGUCCAUUUUCUUUUGAGCGGUUGUAAGUUUGCUUUUCUGGGUUUUAUUGUUGUAUGAAUAGCAUAUACUGUGUACAAUAAUUACAUGAUUUUUCCUGUAUAAAUGAUAUCAUGUUAGUUUA